GCGUGACUGUAAGAAUGGCGGUCAAGGAGUUAGCACUGUUUUUGGUUCUAGUUAUAUACGUUAACGGCUACCCUAGUCGUGGAGUUAAGAAUCAAUGUGUAUCCAAAACGAAAACUAUACCAAUAGUAUCAAGAGAUGAGUGGGGCGCGCAGUCACCUACUUCUAUCACCAACUUAACCCUCCCAGUGCCGUACGUGAUUAUCCACCACACGUACGAGCCAGGAGCGUGUUAUUCGCUGCUGGAGUGUUCGAGUGCCAUGCGGUCAAUACAGAAUUAUCACCAAGGAACGCAAGGAUGGGCUGACAUCGGAUACAAUUUCGCAGUGGGGGGUGACGGCUCCAUUUACGAAGGUCGCGGCUGGAAAGCAGUGGGGGCGCAUGCGGCGGGCUAUAACUCUGUCAGCAUUGGCAUAGUUCUCAUUGGAGAUUUCGUCUUUCAACUACCACCAGCGCACCAAAUGGAACUAACAAAAGAAUUAAUAGAAGUCGGAGUGGAACUCGGCUACAUAAGUAAGGAAUAUUCGCUGAUCGGACACCGACAAGUUAGGAGUACGGAAUGCCCGGGAGACGCGCUCUUCCAAGAAAUUACGACCUGGGAUAGAUUCACCCCCGCUGUAAAUACGAAAUGAACGACCCAGUAACAGAUUGACAAAUAAACCAUA